ACGCAAUUUUACCCAACGCACCCAGACAGAGGUUACCGUUAUUUUGUUUCGAUUUGCACGAUAUGAUUCAGCUCGGGUCCAGUCAGAUCUUUUAAUAGUCAGACAGUAGUCAUAAUAUUCCCACCUUCUUCUCGCGCUUGACUGCAUACCGGGAUUCCACACUGCUGGGUAGUCGAACUUUCUGACUUUCGCAGGCGUCGACGAGACUCAUGUACGUAACAGUUGGGUUAAUAAAGCUAUACCUUUGGGACCUGUUGUGCGAGGAGUUAUACAUUAAUUGAGGAGAUGAUUGUGUAUUAUGGAUUUUUGCUCGCCCUGGUGUGACAAUUAGAGGAAGAGAAAUAUUCGUCAUGAAUGCUGUGAUUUAACUUACUAAAGCACUGAUUUCAUCGCUGUGUCCAUCGCAGGAGCAGUUUGUGGGUAGGAGCAGAAAUGAUGCCUUGAAUGGUAGCCGUAGUAUUAUUUUUGUCGCUACGGUGAAAUCUAUUAAGAUUAUUGUUUUUAUCUCUAUAUCAUAUCAAUCUCCUCGUUGAAUUCUGUUCUUACUACCGGUCUACGGGUAAAUAGACACUUUCGGCUUGUCCUGUUGUGGAUUUAUGAUAAUCUAAUAAAGGAAAAUUUAGUUUUUGAUAAGUGCAAUACAAUUAAAGUUGAUAAACAUGAAUGACUUGAAUGAAGGUGCUCCUCCCAAGAACUCAUUUCAAGAUAUUUCGCCCGAAAUGAGGCCGACAUCGGCAAUGACGUCCGACGUGAUUACAAGUACAUUGUCCGAAUACGACGUCGGCAACAGUACAGAUAUCAUGGUUGUCACGGUAGCUAUGAGGAACUCAACAUGGCAUUCGACAUCGAAUGCCUCAUCGACGAUGGACGUGUCAACGAUGAACCUUUCGACGUCGGUUCCGUAUAUUCCAGAUGAGUUUGUACUGCCGAAUCGAAUAUUCUUUGCUCCUUUGAUAUCGCUGAUACUCCUCAUCGGAAUCGUCGCGAACAUCCUCGCCAUCGUCGCCACUCGCCACGCCAUCAGAAUAUACCGAACUCAUCGAAGUCGAAAAGUGACAAUUGCCAGCUAUUUGAUUCAAUGUCUCAUGAUGGUUGACCUCAGCGCCGUGGUCGUUUUCUUUGUACGCGGAAUGUUCUAUAAUUUGUACAAUGACGCUUAUUUCAAGUGCGACCUAAAUUCGGUGACGAAUUAUUUUUUCUCGUGGGCGGCGGGGUUCGUCAACGCCGUCAUGUGCUUCGAGCGAUGCGUGGCAUUGACCGCCCCGUUUUACUACCACAGCAACGCGACCAUUAGCAAGGCGAAAGUCGGCGUCAUCGUCGUGCUCCUUCUCGCCUUCAUCACCGCGAUGCUGCCUAUCUUCGGCAUCGGGUCGUACAAGGUCCUAAUUGCCGGCACCUACUAUUGCAUCGGACCUGGAGAUUUCACUCUCGACGAGACGGGCUACGACUACCACUUCGGCGUUCUCUUCCUUGUAACCGGCAUUGGUAUCCUCAUCUUCAUCCACACGUGCAACAUCAUCGUCAUAACGAAAAUAAUGGAGAUCCGAAGUCGAUCGAUGUCCUUGAGGAGACACACAUCGAAAGACGCGAAUGACGGGAUGAGUACGAAGUCGGCACGAUCGACGAAAGAGGAAACGUCGACGUUCAUGAAUGGGACAAUUGAAACGACGUCGUCGAGUAGCAUGGUCGGGAAUACCGAUGCCGUUGAUGGUGAGGUUGGCAAUCAUUCACCUUUACGUGGUGGUCGACGACCUCGGGUGAAGAAGCCAGGGAAGACAGAGAUCAACGUCGCCAAGCAGAUCAUCGUCAUCUCCGUCGUUUUCACCUUCUCCUGGUUGCCAUUCUAUGUCCAGCGUCUUCUCAAAGCUUUCGACGUCGAGCAGCCGGAAUGGUAUCUCCUCCUGGUCAUCUUCCUGCUCGUCAGCAACCACGUCAUCGACCCGUUCGUCUUCGUGUUCAUGAAGCAGCAGAGUCGAGAUGCCCUCAAGGACCUGUGCAUGAAGUGUAUUUGCUGUCGAAGAUGCCGACCGCCCCCGUUGUCGUCAAGGAACACAGUGAAUGCACACGCUAAUGGGAAUCAAAACCGUGGUGCAUCGAGGAAUGACAGCGGGAUCAAUAAUUCGAGAAAUGAUAGCGGGAUCGUCGUCGUCGUCGACUCCACACUCAACCCCACCGAAGCCCCCACCGGAAACCCCGCCCCUGACGACAUCCACCUUGACAUCGCUAAUAACCGCGCUACACACUCAGCAUCAUGACGUCACUUCCUCUGUCGUAAAGCAACCGAUUAAAACUAUAGUUCAGUACUCGAGAGCCAGACAAUCAUGCAGAUACAAAAAAUAUACUGAUUUCGAAAUGAAAACUAUAUGGACAUCGAAAUCGAAAAACUUCGUCGUCGAGAAGAAAAAUAAACAAGGACGGUGAAAAAUGAAAUGUGUCAGUUUCAUCGAAUCUGAUUAUUGAGAGACAGGACGAGGUCUGCCAUUGAUUGAUAAUUCAAGAGGCUAUAUAGGACCCGAAAGCUGCAAAGUAAGCUGCACCGCCUGGCGCCAACUCUCAAGUGUAUGCUUGAUUUGGAAACGCAGUUUCACUGCAGGAUCGUAAAGACAUCCUGAAACUAGCUAGGGAGAUGGAAAUUUCAUCCCUUAUAAUUAUCCAUGCUCAAAACUUCUCUGAUAUUUUUAAAACUGGUUGGAGUAGCCAAAUUGACUAGACCAGUAGUCAGCUGGGAGCAACUGAUAUGACAAUCACUGAUAGUCACAUUUCUAACAUAUAUUCUAGUCAGAAAUAACUCUGUUCUAGUAAAAUACGACUAGAAAAUAGUCAAAUAUGACUAGAAUAACAGUUGCUCCCAGCUGACCCUAUAUUACCUAGUCAUUUUUUAACUGAUUUGUUUUUAGAGUGUACUGCAUCGUGAAUGAUCACGUAACACGAUGCAUCUUGAUAAAAAUGCAAUAUUUCUUCUGUACUUCUUUGUUUAAGUGUUUUUAUAACAAAUUUGCACAUACAAAAUUGUCGGUUUGAUUUAGGAAAUGAAAUCGCAUAAAAAUAGGUGAACAGUUGGGAAAGAUGCAGGGGUGACCACAUCGUUAUUUUGUGUGACCACUAAUAAUGCUGGAUCUACAUGUAUUAAUGUCACGACUUGUGAAUAGGGAAAUCACUAUAUGCGUAUUAUAUAUCUGUUUAGUGGUCAAUGACGAGCCAGAGUUAUGGAUUUUCAAGCUUUGAAUGUAGAAUUUGUGACGUCACUUACCAGCAACUCCUCCUCCCAUUGAAAGUUCGGAUGGAAAAACAAUUGCCGUACUCGGUUUUGACGCCUGCCCCCGCUCCCUAUUGGGCAAUAAUAUAAUGUCGGAUACAGCCCCGACUAUGAUCUCAGAAAAUUGAAAAUACUUUUUCCUGUGCAUUCAUUACAGCGAUAGUAAUACUCAUUAAUGACUUUGUGUUGAAUUUACGGUAUGUAAUAUUACAUGAAUGGCGCUGCGUUCAUGA